AUGUCAUGUCCCAACAGCGCGGCUCCCAACGCCUUCCUGAUGGAGCCCCUGGGCCGCGCCGAGAAUUUCCCGUCCGGCCCGGGGCUCUUCGGCCCGCCCGGAGAAUUCGGGGCCCUGCGGAGCUGCGGGGCCCUCCCGAAGCGCGACGAGGCCUCGCUGGGCUCCUUCCCGUCCUACCUGGCCCAGCUGGACGCGUGGGCCGAGCCCAAGAGCGCGUUCCGGCCGGAGCAAGCCCGGCCCAGCUGCUCCUUCCCGGCCGUCAAGGAGGAGAGCGGCUGCUGCCUCUUCGGGACGGACAAACGGCGCAAGGAGCCGCCCGAGGCCGCGCUCUUCCCCGAGCCCUGCGGCACCGAGCUGCCCGUGCCCGGUUUUUAUCGCUUCCCCUCGCUGGAGAAAAGCCCCGAGGAGUUCCCGGCGCCGUUCCCGAGCCGCGGGGAGCAGCUGGAAGCGGCCCCGCCGCCGCCUCCCCCCGAGCGGGGAUCGCCGCAAUUCCGGGCCAAUCUCCCCGAAAACGCCGGAGCGGAGCGGCCGCAGCCGCCGCCGGGGGAAAUCAAACGGGAAAAAACGAAAUCGAGCGCGGGAGAGGCGGAGAAGGAGCGGGGUAAAAGCACCGACACCGGCAGCACCGAUAACUCGGACAGCGAGGCCAAAGAGCAGCCCCAGGCCGAGGGCCCCGCCGGGACGUGGCUGAGCGCUCGCUCCGGGAGGAAGAAGCGCUGUCCCUACACCAAGCACCAGACGCUGGAGCUGGAGAAGGAGUUCCUGUUCAACAUGUACCUGACCCGCGAGCGCCGCCUGGAGAUCAGCCGCAGCAUCGCCCUCACCGACCGCCAGGUCAAGAUCUGGUUCCAGAACCGCCGCAUGAAGCUGAAGAAGAUGAACCGGGAGAACCGGAUCCGCGAACUCUCCUCCAGCUUCAGCUUCAGCUGAGCGCGCCCCG